CCCCCCUUUUCACAUGGAGAUUUUGCGGACUCGGUCGCACUGCAAAUCUUGAAGAAGAAGAAGAAGAAGAAGAAGAAGAAGAAAAAAAGCCGGGGGAACCGGGGCCCUGCCGAUUCCUCCCGCACGGCUCCCACAUGCCCCCGAUUCCAUUUAUUCGAAAAAAAUGCAGAACACAAAAAGCAGAUGAACUAUGAAUGCUGAACACAAUGAUCUCCUCCCUCCAGCGCCAGACAAUGAGAGGUCGUAGGCUGAAGGGGGCGCUGUCCAACCCCCUCUUUGUGCUGCUUCUGGCCCUUCAGAUCCUGGUGGUGGCUGGGCUGGUUCGUGCUCAGACCUGUCCUUCGGUCUGCUCAUGCAGUAACCAGUUCAGCAAAGUCAUAUGCACCCGCCGCAGUCUACGGGAUGUCCCAGAUGGCAUUUCCACCAACACUCGCUACCUGAACCUCCAGGACAACCUCAUCCAGGUCAUCAAGGUGGACAGUUUUAAGCAUCUGCGCCAUCUGGAGAUCCUGCAGCUAAGCAAGAACCACAUUCGCAACAUUGAAAUUGGCGCCUUCAACGGGCUGGCCAGUCUCAACACCUUAGAGCUCUUUGAUAAUCGGCUCACGACAAUCCCCAAUGGAGCAUUCGAGUACUUGUCCAAGCUGAAGGAGUUGUGGCUACGGAACAACCCCAUUGAAAGUAUACCAUCAUAUGCCUUCAACCGGGUCCCCUCGCUCCGAAGGCUAGAUCUAGGUGAGCUCAAACGUCUGUCCUACAUUUCUGACGGAGCUUUCAAGGACUUGAGCAACCUGCGCUACCUGAACCUGGGUAUGUGCAACCUUAAGGAGAUUCCCAACAUCAUACCUUUGGUCAGGCUUGAAGAACUGGAAAUGUCAGGAAACCAGCUCGCUGUUGUCAAGCCCAGCUCAUUUACCGGAUUAGCGAACCUCCAGAAGCUGUGGAUGAUGCAUGCCCAGAUCCAAACUAUCGAGAGGAAUUCCUUUGAUGACCUUCAGUCAAUGGUGGAGCUCAACCUGGCUCACAACAACCUUACAUUUCUACCACAUGACCUUUUCACUCCUUUGCAUCGCCUGGAGCGGGUCCACCUCCAUCACAACCCCUGGAACUGCAACUGUGAUAUCUUGUGGCUCAGCUGGUGGCUGAAGGAAACUGUACCUGCCAAUACCAGCUGCUGCGCCCGUUGCCAUUCUCCCUCAGUUUUUAAAGGUCGCUACAUUGGGGAACUGGACCACAGCUACUUCCAGUGUGAUGUCCCUGUGAUCGUGGAGCCACCCAGUGACUUGAAUGUGACAGAAGGCAUGGCUGCAGAGCUUAAAUGUCGUACAAGCUCGUUGACAUCCAUCAGCUGGUUUACACCAAAUGGCUCAUUGGUGACACAUGGGGCUUACAAGGUGCGUUUGUCUGUGCUCAACGACGGGACGCUCAACUUUACUAGUGUCACAAUGCAGGACACUGGGACUUACACCUGUAUGGUGAGCAACACGGCAGGCAACAUUUCUGCCUCUGCAGUGCUUAACGUUACUUCCGUGGAAAACAGUGGCGUGACCUAUUUUACCACAGUCACCGUGGAGACCAUAGAGACCCCAGGGGAUGAUAGCCAAACGCCACUUCCCCCGUUUGGAUGGGUGUCUUCCUCGACAACAAAAGGUACUCCUGUUUCAACGAGGACCACAGAGCGGACUUACACCAUUCCAGUUCUUGAUCUGGAUGGCGAGGGGGCCCUCAAUGGCCUGGAUGAAGUGAUGAAAACCACCAAGAUUAUCAUCGGCUGCUUCGUGGCCAUCACACUUAUGGCUGCUGUUCUGCUGGUCAUUUUCUACAAGAUGAGGAAACAGCAUAACCAGCAGGAUCCUGAUGGCCCUGCCUCCUCUAUGGAGGUCAUUACUGUUGAAGAAGAGCUGGCAGGGGUUGCUGCCAUGGAGAGACACCUAUCGCUGCCCCCCCUGGAGCACUACAACCACUACAACACCUACAAGAGCACUUACCACCACGCUCCCAUGCUCAGCACCAUACACAGCUCCGUCACACAGGAACCUUUACUGAUUCAAGCCUGCUCAAAAGACAAUGUACAAGAGACCCAGAUCUGAUGUUGUAUUUGACUAAAUAUCCAGUAUCAGCAGUUUCAUACAAGUACAAUGGACCAAAACACGAAGACAAAAGAAAACAACAUUGACUUGACUGAGUUGAUGUCAAUAAUAGCGGUAAAUCAGCAUUUGGCAAAGGGACAACAUAGGAUACUUGAACAAGUGUCUUUACAAAAACAAAGAUUAUUUAUUAAAAACAUGUCUAGUGACUAAAUGAAGAAAAACAAUUUGUGAUAGCUUUUUAGCUCAUUUUAUUUCUCUAUCUCUCUCUCUGUGUAAUACUGCACAAGGGAAAGAAUGGUUCACCAAGAGUGAAUGUGGAAUUUGUCAAAUACAUCUCAUGUGAAACCCACCAUAGAAAUUCAUGUCAUACUAAAAUGAAUAGUGCCAUUGAUUUAAUCAUUUCAUCAAACUUAAUAAUUCAUUUUGUAUAAAAGGCAUCGCGUUAUUAUUUAGAGCCAUUCGUUUGCUUGUCGUUGAGUAAAUCUCCUCCAGUUUGCCCGAGUUUUACUAGACGAAACAUAAAAUUGGGUUUAUUUGCGUUGCCUUUAUUUUUCUAGCUGUCACUCAACACAAAAAUGGGAUCUUUUAAUGACGCGGCUGUGGUUGGUAUCACAGUGAAGCCAGCAUGCCUGAGGAGCGGAGCAGCCAAAUGAGUAAAUGUGCAUUUCCCCCGUGGCUCCUAAACAACAGACAUACAUCCUUCACUUUAAUUAAGAUCAAGUUCUCGCUCCCACUCCUCCUCCUACAUUUUCUUUACGCUUCUACGUUUAUUACUUCUUUCAUUCUUCUCCUCCUCUAUUCUUUUAUUCAUUUUUUUUUUUUUGAAUCCGCGAACUCUCCAUCUUCCCCAUCUACCCUUGUUCGGCUUCCCCUCCCGCUCGCUUCUCCUCCAUGUCGCCACCGUGCUUCUUUGAUGGUCUCUCUCCGUCGCCUCGCUCAGGCACGUUCCUCACCUGCUCGCCGUGUCUCGUUUGUCUCGCCUUGUCCGUCGGCGUGUGCCGCGCGACCGCAGAAUGUUGCCCGGGUAGAAUGAAAUGGGAGCAGAAGGCUGCGGUCUGCGAGCCUCCCUUCUUAGCGCAGCGAUGAUCUACGUCCACUCAGUGUCGCGUUACCUUGCCAUCGCCCCAGGGUCACACAAGCCUGGGCGCUGAUAGUCCAUCUGUUAGGACAGAUAAAGAGGCAAAUGAGGCUGCUUUGUAAUGUAGUGUGACCCUGUCAGACUAACACAGACAGGGCUACCGCAGUCAGCGAAGCAGCGAGGAACCUGCAAAAUAAAAAAAAUAAGAGGAGAUGGGUUAUAGCUCAUUAAUCUGUAUCAGCAGUUCAUUUGCAGACUAACAGAGGACGGCUGAUAACAAAACAGCAUGAGACUUUUCCACUCUCCCUGUGCUCAACAUCUAACAGGGGGUAGAGGCCUUUGAUAUUGAAGCGACCCCUGCUCGCUCUCAUUUUUGUCGGAGGAAAAAACACACACAGACUUUGAUGUUGCAUCAUUUAUAGACCAUCAAAACAUUGUCUCUCCCGUAGUCCGUUUGCGCUCUGCUUUUUUCAUUUAGUCUUUCAAAGGGGGGAAGGCUUAAGGAAGUGGGAGGUAGGGAUGAAAAAGUGGAGAACAGUGGCGUGGGGGCGGCGGGGUGCAGACGCACGGCGGUCAUGAGGGGUCUUCAAACAGAGAUAUUGCCGAUAUGAGCACAGAGGAGUGAAAAAUAGAUAAGGAAUAGGAAGGCAAAAACUAGCCAUCAGACUGUUGCCAAGGAAACCGUGACCUUGUGCAGGAAGUAAGACGAGGUGGAUAUGCCUUUCUCUUUGGUCUCUGCGCAACAAGCAUAUUUAUUACAAGCUAAUUUCCCCACUAGCGACUAAUUACCAGCAAAAAGUGCCACAACCGAUGCCCGGUUUCAGUUAUUGAAAUGAAAUAAAUCACUGCAUGAUGUGACAAAAAUGGAACAAUUGAACCGUCCAGCAUUUGGAACUCCUCCUUAUCGAUUUUCAUCUCGGUGAAGACAGCCAGCCGCCGCAGCCCGGCGUACGAGCGCAAUAGAAAGCCCCGUCACAAUAUCACGCGCCUCUGAUCAGUCGUCCUCCCGAAAUCCAUUGGAACACUUUAACAAUAACGGAGGCACGGCGAAACCAGGCAAAAAAAAAGAUGGGCGGGGAGCGAAAAAAAAAUACAAAAUCUACAUCUCACGACCGGUCACGUCCGUUGAUGUGGAGACGGAUGAAACCGCCAAUGGAGCCGGAACGGCCGAGAAACAAACUCGUUCAUCAUCUGCUGUGAAGGACGAGAACAGUAGACAGUCAAGGGGUUGAACCGUUCUUUCCCUUCUUCACCGUUUUCUUUUCCAAUGCUCAAAUCCUUUUCAAUGCUUUUGGUGGCUUGAUGAUUAAAUGUUGACGCUGGCUUCAGUGGAAAAAAAAAAAAAAAGGUUGAGGUUUCUUUUUUUUUAUAUAUAUAUAUAUAUAUACACACAUAUAUAUUUGGGGAUGAGGCUUGUGAGUUACUCAGAAUGAAUGGAAUAUCUCUGAUUUGGUAUUUUCUUGGGUAGGAUGGCUUCACGUGAAGAGAUAUUUGAAUGCCAGAUUGAAAUUAAGACUGACGUGCAGAAUGUUGGACAUGGAAUACCAGCAGAGUGAGCUUGAUUUUUUUGUGCAAAAACCCCCCGAAGCCAAGGUGAUCCAAUUCUUGUGUGUUAUUCUGCCAACUGUCUAUGUACGGGGGGGGGGGGGUUACUGUAUGAGGGGAAUAUUCUCUCUCAUUUUUGGAGAGAAUAAUCAUCACAUGAUGAAGUUUCUACAAAAAAAAAAUAUUUUCAAAAACAUAAUAGAAAAAAAAAAUUCUUCAGAUCAUAAUUUUACAUGUGCUUCAAUUGUUAAAAAAAGAGGAAAAAAGCUAAACAAAAAAAAAAACAAGGUAAAAAAACCAACAACAACGAGAGACUUGUGCUUGUGAGGAGUCCAACUAAUUUCUCUGAGGAUGAUGUUGAAUUAUUGAUACCUGAGAUUGUAGUUCAUACUGUACAUGAAUACAAAUAAAAAAAAUUGCAAUUC